CCCACCUAACUCGUCGGUCUCUCUCUCACACACACACCCUUCCGCUUCCCCAUCCAUGGCGGCGGCGCCCCACCUCGUGUUCGUCUACGGGACGCUGAUGGCGGAGGAGGUCGUGCGCGUCCUCAUCGGCCGCGCGCCGUCGUCCUCCCCGGCCGUGCUCCCCGACCACCAAAGGUUCAGCAUCAAGGGGCGCGUCUACCCGGCGAUUCUGCCCGUCGAUGGCAAGGAGGUCUCAGGAAAGGUUUUCAAGGGCAUCACUGACAGGGAGCUCAAUGUGCUGGAUAUAUUUGAAGACGAGGAGUAUGUCAGGAGAACUGUUGAGAUAUCACUAACUGAUUCAUCGGAGAAAUUGCUCGCCUAUGCAUAUAUAUGGGGCAACCAAGAUGAUCCUGACCUCUAUGGUGAAUGGAACUUUGAGGAAUGGAAAAAGGUGCAUUUGGAGGGUUAUGUCAGAAUGACAACAGAGUUCAUGGAGGAACUGGAACAGCUUGAACCAAAGACUCAGACCUGAACCAAAGACUAAUUCAUCCAGAAGGAUUCUUUCAACAAUGAAUUAUAUGUGCAUUGUUAGAUGGUUCCUCUAGUUUGUAAAUAUAAGAUAUUUACACCAUUAACUGAUAAACAACAGUUACAGAAUUCGUCUAGUGGUUUCAUUUUUAGUGCUUACAAGCUUGAGUGCAAGUAUACAUGAUUUCUGUGCUUUUGGUGCCUUUGGAUCAG